CAUUCCUUCACAGUUUACACUCAACUUAUGAUUGGCCAGCUAGGUGCUGCAUCCUAGGUCAUGAUAUUUUAUUAAGAUAGUUUAGUACUGCGGAAUUCGGCCAAUGAUCUCCAAAGUUUAACCCAGAAUAAUAGCUGUAAUUCUCCACUAAUUCAACUGAAGAAAGGCUCAGCUUCCUCGAUCAAAUGCGUCCAAAAUGCUUCGCAAUAAACUUGCGGAGAAUCUCAUACUGUUCAUCUUCAGUUUCCCAGCUCUUCAAUCGAGUAAAAACCCCAUUCUUCUUAAUAUCACCCUUAUUACUUCGAAAUAAUACUCGUUUUUAUUCAUUUGCAUCACCAAUAACUACUGAUUACAUAAACAACAGCAACAAAAACACUUCAAAAACUAAUCUUUCAAACAUACCCGGUUGCAUUUUAUCUCCAGCAGAUUACGCUCCCCUCCUUAAGUCUUGUAUUUCUCAAAGAGCAAUUGGACCUGGUAAGCAGAUUCAUGCUCAAAUUUGCUUAUCUGGGUUAUCUUCAAAUUUAAGUUUAGCUACAAAACUUGUUGAUCUUUAUUGCAAUUGCAAGAACUUGGUUUAUGCUCACCAUGUGUUCGAUAAAAUGUCUAAGAGUAAUCUCUUUGUUUGUAAUGUUAUGAUUCGUGGGUAUGCAUGGGAUGGUCCUUAUGAAGUUGCUAUAUCACUUUACUAUCAAUUGCUUGAUCAUGGGCUUGUGCCUGAUAAUUUUACGUUCCCUUUCGUGCUUAAGGCAUGCUCGGCGCUUUCAGCUAUUAAGGAGGGGAGGGGUAUACAUGAACAUGCUAUCCGCACUGGUUGGGAGAAUGAUGUGUUUGUGGGUGCUGCACUUAUUGAUAUGUAUGCAAAGUGUGGUUGUGUGGAGAGUGCAAGGGGUGUUUUUGAUAAGAUUAUAAGGAGAGAUGUUGUUGUGUGGAACUCUAUGCUCGCUGCAUAUGCCCAAAAUGGGCACCCGGAAGAUGCUCUGACUUUGUGCAGUCAGAUGGUCUCUGCAAGUGAGAGGCCUACGGUUGCAACCUUGGUUACAAUUAUCUCAGCUUCGGCUGACAGUGCAGCUCUUCCUCAGGGGAGGGAGAUCCAUGGGUAUAGUUGGCGGCAAGGAUUUGCGUCUCAAGAUAAGGUUAAAACUGCUCUUGUAGAUAUGUACGCGAAGUGUGGAUCAGUUAGAGUGGCAAGGUGGGUGUUUGAGAGACUUCAAGAGAAAAGGGUUGUCUCAUGGAAUGCUAUGAUUACUGGGUAUGCCAUGCAUGGUUAUUUCAUUGAUGCAAUCGAUCUCUUUGAGGAAUUGGUCAGUCAGGCCUAUAUCCCUGAUCAUAUUACUUUUGUGGGGGUCCUUUCAGCUUGUCGCCAUGGUCGUUUACUGGAUGAAGGGUGGAGAUAUUUCAAUCAAAUGAUAGAAGAAUAUCAUAUUAAUCCUACGGUGCAACACUAUACAUGCAUGGUUGAUCUCCUUGGCCAUACGGGUCGACUAAAGGAAGCUCAUAAUCUCAUAAUGCAAAUGAAGGUUAUGCCAGAUUCUGUUGUGUGGGGCUCAUUGCUAAAUGCAUGUAAGAUCCAUGGAAAUGUAGAAUUGGGGGAAAUAGCUUUGGAGAAGCUCGUUGAGCUUGAACCUAAUGAUUCGGGCAAUUAUGUGAUACUUUCUAAUAUAUAUGCACAAGCCGGACAAUGGGAUGGAGUUGCAAGGGUGAGAAGAUUGAUGAUUGAUAGAGGAAUCAAGAAAAGUAUAGCAUGUAGCUGGAUUGAAUUUAAAAAUGAAGUUCAUGCUUUCCUCUCUGGAGACACUUCACAUCCCAUGUGUGAUGCUAUAUAUGCAGAGUUGGAGAGGGUAACAAAAUUGGUAACAGAAGCUGGGUAUGUUCCAACUAUUGGUACAGUAUUCCAUGACAUUGAAGAUGAUGAGAAGACCAGCAUGGUUUGCAGUCAUAGUGAAAGGCUAGCAAUUGCUUUUGGACUCAUUAGCACUCAACCAGGAACUAGACUUCUUGUAACAAAGAAUCUCCGAGCAUGUGAGGAUUGUCAUGUUUUUAUUAAAUUUGUCUCUAAAGUGACUCAACGGGAAAUUACUAUAAGAGAUGUCAAUCGCUACCAUCAUUUCAAGGAUGGUGUUUGUUCUUGUGGAGAUCAAUGGUAAAAAGCUGGGAGUCCUUUACUUCUUUAGAGCCAAUCGGUGUUGGUAUCAUUCAGUAAAGAGCAAUCUCAAGUAUCGCUUCCAUUAGCUUCCAGAAACAGUAUUGGUCAAUUCCUCUCUUAAGGGAUGCAGGAUCAGCUCCUAGGUCCUGCAUGCUUUCCCAAAUGAUCAUCAUCAGGCACUCUAGCAAUGCAAUUGCAUCUUAAGCAAACCUCUAAAAAGUUAUUCCUGUACACUUAAGCUGUAUGCAUCCCCCCUUAAUUUUUGGGCCUUUCAUUUACUUCAGUUUUUUUUUCUUAGAAUGGGAGUUGGUUAGUUCUGCAAGACAUAGGAUGGAUACUCAGACUGCGUGGACAUAUCAGUGUUCUUUCUAGCCUCAUCCGGAGCUUCUUUUGACAUUAUGUUGUAUGUACAGCCAGGGAAGAGUUCACACCUUCAGAGGCAGUUGAUGUUGCCAAAAUCUAGUAGCCCAGGAGUCCCUUUUUUCUGUGCAUUUGGUUCUCGUUUCACUUAUCAGACUGCUUCUCCACCUCAUUGAACAAAUGCUGGGCACAACUAGCAGCAACAUCCAAUGGAGCAGCAAUGUUGCCAUGUGUUUCAGCAUUUGCAUCUGGUUACAACAGAGCAACAAACGUUCUCCGCCUUGUUUGAGAUGGAUAGAUUCUGCAAAGAUUGUUGCAUUGGCAGCAUUGACAGAUAUAGCUCCCUGUGUCUGGUGCCUGAUGACUCAUGUUCAAACUUUGUCUCAACCACCUGUAUCAUUUUUAACGCAAGCGCUUCUCAGCUUCAAUCGACAUCUGCAUUAGCACCAAUAAUAACCGUUUACAGCUAAAUUUUGAAAUCCGAGCUACCAAAUUGCUGAGAAAGGGGAGCAAGGCUGUGCAAUUGAUGCAGCCUCAGGGGUUAUAUAAAGGGUUUGGUUGAAAUACAAUACCAACAGCCGUGCUAGGAAGCUCAAAUUUCAGCAGCAAUUCAGGGAAUAGGGGUAUUCAGUUUUGGUGGAAUUGCAGAGGGGGUAAGAUUCGAAUGCGAAAAGGCCUUCUUAGUAAGUGCCUUGGACCAUCUUUGGCGCGUAGUGUGGCCUGAGAUUUUGACUUGCUUCAUUGCACUUCGCGGCCCUCAUUGUUUGAAUCUCGUUGAGUUCCAUGCAGGUAUGAUGUGAGGCAAUCAUACUAGCCAGAUGGUUGGAUUUUGUAGGCUAAAGAUUGUUCUUCUGAUCCUCCCUUUACUUGGACUAAUAAUGGGCAUGAUGGCUGUCAAUUCUAAACAGUAGGAUAUGGCUUAAUUUAUGCCUCUAGUUGUUGCCUUCUUGGUUGAGUGAUUUUCCAUCGGCUUCUCUCAAUACUUGUUGAUCUCCGAAACGACUUUUUCUUUCUUUCAACUGAUUAAAAUAAACUUGACUUCUUGUUGUAUCA